GCAAGUGCAGGUCAUUACACAGCAUACACUCGGCAUCCACUGACCCAAGCAUGGCAUUACUUGAAUGAUGAGACCUGUUCAGAGCAGGUGCUGCAGCAGGAGGACUAUCGCAAUGCCUACAUUCUCUUCUACCGGGGAACUGGUCAACGCUUCGACCGAGGAAGAAGGAACAUGGCCCUCGUCGCAUACGCCUCGAGCGACUCCGAGUCCGACGAAAAAGAAGAGAAAGAAGACGGGACCGGGGAUUCCCUGUUCGCCUCCCUGCCCAGGCCCAGCAAGCGGGCCGCGAGGGAAGGCGACGAGGAGGGGGAGAUCGAGGGGUUCGUGAGGGACCAUCACUUCAAGGGGGACGAGGAGCCGCCGCCGCCGAAGAAAAAGCUGCGUCCGCCCGUUCGCAUCUCAAUCCCGACGCUCAUCCCGGAUGGGGAAAUAGAGGAGGAAGAUAAGGAAAGCAACAAAAAAGAAAUCGAAGGGGAUGAGGGUAGGAGAAGCGGUCUCAUGGCACUCCUCCCUCCGCCGGCGAAUCCGUUCGCCAGGAAGACGAAGGAGCCAAAGACGGUGACGGCAACGACGACAUCGCUCGUGCCCCGUUCUGUGGCUCCCCAGAAGAAGGGAAAAGUGGAGAAGCCUGUGGUGAGAGAUGGAGAUGAUGAAGCAGAGGAGGAGGCAGAAGAAGGAGAAGCGAUGAUAGAUUUCUUCUCGCUCGACCGUUCCUCUUCUCCGUCUCCACCGCCCACUUAUGAACCAAUUCCAUUGGUUCCUCUGGCACCCUCCUGCACUUUUCCAAAAGAAUCCAUUGUACCUGGCCCUGCAGUGGAAGUUGGACCUCCUGGUCCUCCUUCUCCUCCUGUGGAAAUGCCUGGCCCAUCUCCAUCACUUAAAUUGAAUGAAGAGGCUCUGGUGAAGCUCGAAGGUCGAGGGCGAAGACGAGGGGAGGAGAUCGAGAUCAUGGAUGUCAAGGCCGACGACGUCAUGCCUCCCAUCGAGCAGAUCCUCACCAAGCAGCUGUCACAGGAAGUGAAGAGCUUUGGGGGCAGGAGGGGACCUGGCCCAUCAUCCCAGCAGAGGAGGAAGCAUCAAAUCACCUACCUUGCACACCAGGCUAAAGAGAGAGAAUUGGACUUGAAGAAUGAGUGGGCUCAAAACAGGAUGACUCGAAGACAGACGCAGGCCAAUGAAACUUUCCUGCCAGUGAUGUCAGCUGACAAUCCAGUCAUCAAAGAGGAGACCUUUGAUUCACCUUCCCCUACUGUGGAGGAUGGUGAGCAGGUUCACAAUGUCUGCCGAAUGCCCUUGUUUGCCACAUGUUUGUCAGGCCAAGAUGAGGUUCAAAUCGGAAGCCCAGAAGAUUGUGUCCUUGGGUGCCCUUGGUCUCCAGAGAAUGCCAAGAAUGCUGGUGAGGCUCUGCACUUGAUUUCAGAAGAACUGAUUGCCUCUGAAGAAUCAUCCUCAAAGGAUGAGGAAUCACAGUCUGAGCUGAAAUUAGAAGUUGCAGUUAAUCCACAAGACAUUUCUGUGGCAGCAACUCAUAGGAAUGAUCCCUGUGCUGCAGAAGUUGAAACUGAAAGUACUACAGGGACCAUUGAUUAUAUAUGUGAAUUGGAUGGUGAAUCAUCUGACCACAAAGAGUGCAAGACAGUUAAAAGAGAAAGGAGUGCAAUAUGCAGGCCAGGCUUGACAUUCAGCUGUAUUAUCUGUGGCUGUGAAUUCAGGCUGAAAUCUGCUUUGGCUGAUCAUAUCAAAUCAACACAUUCUGGGGAGAGGCCUUUCAAGUGUUCCAGUUGCAACAAGACAUUCACAUCAGAAGUCAACUUGAGAGUUCACACGAGGUGCCAUUCGGACGAAGAACCGUACAGGUGCGACAUCUGUGCCAAUGCCUUCAAGUGGAAAGGAAACCUGUUGAAACACAUGACUCUCGUUCAUUCUGACGAGAGGCCUUUCAAAUGCGACAUCUGUGGCGAGACCUACAAAUUGAAGUACGUGCUGGACAGGCAUAAGAUUCGGCACCAGGAACGGAGAUUCGAGUGCGGUACCUGCAGCACGGUGUUCUUCCAGGAGUACGACCUGCGUCGUCACGAAGUCUGCCACUCGGACGCAAAACCGUACCGGUGCGAAGAGUGCGGCAGGGAGUUCAAGAGGAAGAGGGGACUCCUGUAUCACCAGACCUCCCACUCAGAAGUGAAGUCUUUCGUAUGCGAGUUCUGCGGGAAGGCAUUCAAGCGAAAGAAGGAGCUCUUGUACCACCACACCUCCCAUUCGGAGGUGAAGCCGUUCAAGUGUGAGUUUUGUGGGAAGGGGUUCAAGUGGAAAAAAGAUGUUAUCAGUCACUGUAGAGCCAAGCACAAAGAUACAAGCAAGGCAAGAGAAGUGGUAGAAACGCCCCUCAAGAGUAUAGAAUGGAAUGUGCCU